CGAAAUGACGGUGGAAACAAAGCCAUUGCUGCUAUUAUUGAUUCCUUGGGUUCCAAGAGUGCUUUACUAAAACAUGAGGUUGCAUAUGUUUUGGGCCAAUUGCAAGACAAAGUCGUUUCGGCUGCUCUAUCCAAUAUACUUAGAGAUGUGAAUGAGCAUCCAAUGGUUAGGCAUGAGGCUGCUGAAGCUCUUGGUUCAAUUGCAGAUGACCAAAGUGUAGCUCUUCUUGAGGAGUUUACGGCAGAUCCAGAAGCUCUUGUCUCACAAAGUUGUCAAGUUGCUCUAAGCAUGCUAGAAGCUGAAAGAUCAGGGAAAUCUUUUGAGUUCUUGUUCAUGCGCAAUCCAACUGUGGUGUAAAUAUUUUCUUAUGUUUACACAUUUCAAUAAUGUUAAGAAAUGAAGAACCUGCAUAUCCAGAAGAGAGUGAGAUUCAGAGUUUGAUGCAAUGAGUUUCAUCCACUUGCUCCGAUCACAGUCUCGCAGUCGCUUUUCUUCGUUAUUAACAAACACUCCUUCAGUGUACCAGUGUUUUAGGUCCUCCACAUGCGGCCAGCCAAUCAGUGCUAAUUUAAUAUUCAAAACACAGAACAAUGUGAUACCAACAUAUAAGACUUCUUCCCAACUUGUUGCUUCUCAAAUAAGAUGGUUAUCUAAAGCUGCACCAACUGAGGAGGACAAGAUUAGCAUUAGACCUGCCAGUGGAAGACAAUCUGAGGAAAGAGACAAGGAAACCGGAAUUUUCUACUAUGGCCCAAUCUCAAGUACCAUAAAAAAGGUAAAACUUAUGUCCCUCUCAACUUGCUGCCUCUCGGUAUCUCUCGGUCCAGUCAUAACCUUCAUGACAUCCCCCGACAGUAAUGUCAUCCUAAAGGGUGCAGUGGCAUCAUCUGUGAUAUUCUUCAGUGCUUCAACUACCGCCAUCCUUCACUGGUUCGUCAGCCCUUACAUUCACAAACUCCGCUGGCAACCCGGUUCGGACAGCUUCGAGAUGGAGAUGUUGUCAUGGCUGGCAACACAUAUCCCAAAGACUAUCAAGUUUUCGGAUAUUCGUCCAGCAGAUACCAAUAGGCCUUAUGUGACAUUUAAGGCUAAUGGGAAUUUCUAUUUUGUGGACUCAGAACACUGUCAUAAUAAGGCACUUCUGGCUAGACUCACACCAUAGAAGGAAACUCAUGACUCUGCUUUCAAGAACCUUGUAUGUGGAAAGAGUGUGUUGAUUGACAUGAGCGUAGUCCAUA